AUGAAGUUACGUGAUUGUACACAACUGUUGUUCGCUCUCUGUUUUCUGCUCAUACUGAUCCAAGCAUCAAGCCAAGAUGAAAGAAAGCCAUACAUUGUGUACAUGGGGCACCUGCCAGAGGAGGCUACUAGAACCAAUGCCGUAGAAUCCCAACAUUACAACUUGCUGGAGGCUGCAAUUGGAGACCAUCAGUUAGCCAGAGAGUCCAAAAUACACAGCUAUAGUAAGAGCUUCAACGGAUUCGUGGCACAUCUAUUGCCACACGAAGCAGAGAAACUUGAAGAGAAGGAGGGUGUGGUGUCUGUGUUUCCAAACACGGUGCGAAAACUACACACAACAAGGUCAUGGGAUUUUCUGGGAAUGCCCCUCGGAGUGGAGAGACGCUCCAACGUCGAGAGCCAUAUCAUUGUGGGCAUGUUGGAUACAGGUAUCUGGAUGGAUUGCCCUAGUUUCAACGACGAAGGGUACGGACCUCCUCCACGCAGAUGGAAGGGCAAAUGUGUCACGGGAGUUAACUUCACAGGCUGCAACAAUAAGGUGAUUGGAGCAAAAUACUACAAUCUGGGUGAAGGUCCCUAUGAUGCGAAUCUCAGUCCAGUGGAUGAUGAGGGCCACGGCACCCACACGGCAGCCACAGUGGCAGGCGUGCCAGUGGCCGGAGCUAGUCUCUAUGACUUGGGGAAAGGCACCGCACGCGGCGGCGUCCCAUCCGCUCGCAUUGCCGUAUACAAAGUUUGCUGGAGCAUAGGAUGCAGCGACAUGGACAUCUUGGCUGGCUUCGAUGACGCCAUCGCUGAUGGAGUCAACUUCAUAUCGGUGUCUGUAGGUGGCGCAUCCAGGGAGUUCUUCAAGGACCCAAUAGCCAUCGGAGCAUUUCAUGCAAUGAAAAUGGGGAUUCUCACUUCUUGCUCCGCCGGGAAUGACGGUCCUAGCCCCAUGACUGUCGAGAACGUUGCUCCAUGGAUUCUCACGGUGGCUGCUUCUAUUACUGAUAGGCAGUUCACUACUGAGGUUGCCCUCGGAAACGGCAAGAAAGUUACAGGACUGUCCAUUAAUACCUUUUCACCUGGGAAGAUGAUGUAUCCUUUGACUAGUGGAGCCCUUGCCAGCAACAACAGCAGAGAAGGCUUUGGAAAUGCCAGUGCUUGUGAAUAUGGGACUCUGAGCAAGGAAAAAGUGAAGGGGAGGAUUGUGUACUGCCUUGAUGGAAUGGGCGGCCAGGACUACGUCAUCGAAGAAUUAGGAGGCGUAGGGACCAUUAUGGACAUACCGGAGCCAACAGACGUCUCCGUCACCACGCUUAUCCCAGGAACCUUCGUGGAGGCCUUUAGUGCGGGCAAAGCCAUUGAGCUAUACAUCAAUUCCACCAAGAAUCCUCGAGCUGCCAUAUUCAAGACAACAACUAAAAGAGUCCCGGCUCCAUUUCUUGCUUCCUUCUCAUCCAAGGGUCCUCAUAUUCUCAGCCCCAACAUCCUCAAGCCCGACUUAGCUGCUCCGGGAGUGGACAUCCUGGCUUCUUAUUCCAAACUGACAACCAUAACAGGGUACCCUGAAGACAUGAGGCACGCCCUCUUCAAUAUACUAUCUGGAACAUCUAUGUCGUGCCCACAUGUCACUGCAGCUGCGGCUUAUGUCAAGUCCUUCCACCCAGACUGGACUCCUGCUGCUGUCAAAUCUGCUCUCAUGACCACCGCCACUCCCUUGAAAAUUGGCCGAGACAAGCUGGCAGAGUUGGGAUCAGGGUCUGGACAGAUUAAUCCAACAGGAGCACUGCAUCCUGGGCUAGUGUACGACAUUAAAAUCGACUCUUAUGUUGCUUUCCUAUGCAAGCGCGGUUACAACAACACCGUCAUUGGUCUACUAGUUGGAAGCAAAAGGGUCAAUUGCUCCACCGUUAAACCUCCACAAGGCAUUGAUGGAAUCAAUUACCCCACCAUGCAUAUCUCCCUGGCGACCCAUAAUUCUAGCAUUUCGGCAGUGUUUCAUCGAACGGUGACGAAUGUGGGAUAUGGGACUUCGACGUACAAGGCUAAAGUCACAGCACCCAGGGGCUUGUCGGUACGAGUUAUACCAAAUAAGUUGCAGUUUACCCAGUUGCACCAAACAAAGAUAUUCAAGGUUAUGCUCAAGGGGUCUCCAAUGCCAAACGAGAAGCUGAUAUUGUCUGCAUUGCUUGAGUGGAAUGACUCUAAACACAAUGUUAGAAGUCCCAUUAUUGUAUAUAGGCCUCCUUUUCCACCUACUACAACUUAA